GCAGCUGUUGUCUAGCAUUAGUCUGAUUGUUUCAUCAUCCUCAUCAUCAUCAAAGGUCACAUGAUACAGGUGGGGCAGGGUGGAUCAAUGUCGUCAGAGCUUGUGUCCGUUUACCUGCCUAGUAGUGUCUACAGAGCCGGCUAGUGCACUGAAACGGAUCUCUCCCUCUCUUCAUACAGCAAGGGCAGCAGAAGCUAUUAAAAACUUUGACAAGCCAACAAGCCUGUAGAGGGAAGAUUAAUUACACCAGCUAGCACUAUUCACUGACACAAACCUGGAAUAUACCUCUUUGAUAAGAAACGGGGAACUUUUGUCUCAUCACAAUCUGAAGAAAGCUUCAAAGAAAGGAAGGAAGAUAAUCCCAUACUAAGCAGAUUCACAGAAAACAGUAAGCUUAUCUGGGGAUGUGUGUUUAUAUAUUUAGUUUGUCCUUCUGAGCAGCACAAACAAAACAACAGCUUCUAAGUGGACUUAAUUUAAAUUGCCACCUAAGAGAGUUGUAUAUUUGUGUGGUUAAUAUUCACACUGUGGAUGCCAAGUAUUUGUAGGAAGCUAAUUCAAUAUCUGGAAAUCAAAAGGCUGUUCAUUUGUUGCAGUAUUACUUUUUUUUUUUUUUUCAAAUUUUAGCACUUUAUAAUUCUGUGGGACAAAAAAAGACACCUUUGGUAUUUUUCUGUUUCAAAUCCUCUGCUGAAUUAGACUUGUAAGCCUAUUGAUUCACAGAAGACAUGGCUUUGUCACAGGUACAAUGCUUAGAUGACAAUCAUGUGAACUGGAGACUAACCGAGUCCAAACCAGAGUUUUUCUUCAGUGAGGAACAAAGGCUAGCACUAGAAAGCUUGCUUUCCACAGGAAUUGAAACCUUCUCUGAAGUAAUUAAAAAAGAGAACAUCAGGCAAUUUCUCUCUGAAGUGGAAAUACAAAGACUCUUGCAAAUAGCAGAAAACUAUAUACCUGGGUCUGAAAAAGUUAAAAGAGACAAUGACCAAAGUGAAGUGGCUUCCUUGGAAUACUGGCCUUCUAGAUCGGAUAUUAGUAUCCCUUCACUGGAUUUGGGAUGGCCAGACAGUGCUGCUUACAGGGGGGUGACGAGAGCUAAUGUGUAUACCCAGCCUCCUAUGGAAGGGCAAACUCAUAUCAAAGAAGUGGUUAGGAAAAUGAUAAGCCAAGCACAGAAGGUGAUAGCUGUUGUAAUGGACAUCUUUACAGAUGUAGAUAUCUUCAAGGACAUGCUUGACAUGAGUUUCAAGAAGAAGGUGCCAGUGUAUAUCAUCCUUGAUGAAGACCACGUUGAACAUUUUCUUCAAAUGUGUGAAAGAGCAGCAAUGCAUGUGGGACACCUCAAGAACUUGAGAGUACGUUCAAUGGGAGGUACCGAAUUUUAUACACGUACUUCCAUAAAGGUCCGAGGAGCCUUGGGUGAGAAGUUUAUGUUUGUAGAUGGAGACAAAGCCGUAUCUGGAUCAUACAGCUUUACUUGGGCAGCAUCUAGAAUUGACCGUAAUAUCAUCACAGUUCUGACUGGACAAGUAGUGGACACAUUUGAUAAACAGUUCCAACUGCUGUAUUUGCUGUCCAAGGAAGUGAAUUUAAAAAAUCUCAAACUGAAAAAUGAGCCUGAGCCCGAACCCCUUCCCCAGGCUAACAUCCCAGCACCACUGCCUUCUGCUCAAAUGGCAAAAAAACUCAUCAACCCCAAGUACGCACUUGUGAAAACAAACAAUGAAUCUGGCAACAGUUCUGACAAACAAAGUGAAACAAAAAUGGAAAAUUCACAAAAUAAAAAUGCCAAGGUUGAUAAAUCCAAGGUAAUCGAACAAGCUGAGGUCAAAGAAGAAAUAUCUCCAGUGCUGGCAAUGCUGAGAAGCUUGGAGAAAGUCAGUAUGUUUGAUUAUUUACCUACAUGGCCUGAGCCAGAACCAGAUAACAGUGUAAUAGGCUUUAUUAAUAUAAGGGAAGCAACAGGAAGUACAAGGAUACAGAUUUGUGAAGGACUGCAAACAAAAAAUGUUGAUACUUAUGUGCCUACACAGAAAACACUUAACGAAAUGAAAAAAGCUGCUUUAAUAAAUGAUAAUAUCCCAUCAUCUGCAGAGGCUAUUAGACAAACAGAAAAUGGCCCAUCAGUGGAAGACGUGGUUUCUGCCUCGUAUGUGCAAGUUACCAGUCAUGAAAGUGCAACAUCACAACCUAUGCAGAAAGUGACUGUGAACGAUCAUCCUAACUCUACUGAGAAACUACAAACCGCUAAGAAGACUACUGACCAGGAAACCAAGCCACCUAUUCCAAAGCCGCGUACAGUUAGUGCAACAAACAUUGUUACUUUGCGUAGUAAAAAUAGAGCUGAAAAUAAUACUGUGAAUGCAACAAAUGGCCCAACAUCUGCAGAAUGCAAUGUCAUGAAGAACAAUACAUUGGAUGAUGUUGAUGCAUCAGGGGUUUCAGCAGAAAACAAAACUAACCUUGUCAAGCAAACUGGACUAAGACAAGCAUAUGAGCAUGUGAAUAGCCAGCAAAGCAUUUCUGAUGCAUCAUCCACUUCCACUUCAGAUGAUUACUGGGAAAGUAACAACCAAAGAAGAAACUCUGAUCUUAUGCUUAACGGAAUAGCUGAUAAACUCAGACUGCAUCGCGAAGAGCUUAGGGACAGCAGAGAUAUCCUUCUGAAUUCCAGGAAGAGAUUCUCGCGGUCCCUGACUGAUUUAACGGACGACUAUAAUCUGGAGAAUGUGGUUAUUGAGCGACCACAAAAAGUACUGGAAUUUAAACAGAAGUACAUGAGCCAAGAACCACUUUAUACACAAAGAAAACAUCACUAUCCUGCAGAGAAUACAGAGACAAAGCAGUCUAUUCCAUACGAGUUCAGGACACCAGCUACUGCAUUCAGGUCAAAUAGGGACAAACAACAUCUGUAUUUUAAUACGUUGACAAGGAACCAAGAUCUAAGCAAGCCUAGGAAAGAGGUGACGGACAAACCUGUUCUGUACCACAGAACUGAUAAAAAGGCUUCACCAGUGGCAAAUGACAAAAUGGAAUGGACAAGCAAAAUGUUCCCUAACACCCGGUCUAAACCCAUAAAUCCUCUGUUUCGCUCCAACUCUGCGCUUCCUCUUCAUAACAAGCCCCGAUCUGGCAAAACUGUAUCAACUGUCAAUCCUGGUUCUGAAAGUCAAAAGCCUGAAAGUUUUAAGACUCCAUUUGGAAUCUCCUAUUCCAAGUUAUCACAGUCUAGACAUCUAAAGAAUAAGUUAGCAAGCUAUUCCAGUGUUCUUGGGUCAAAGACAAAUCCUGAUUCGGGGAGCCACAGAGGAGGUAGUCAGUGAAUUGAACAUAAACACAUAGUUUGACUUUCAGAGACCUGUUUUAUCUGUUGCUGCUUGUAUACUAUGCUAUAGGGAUAUUGCAAUUUGUAUAGGGAUAUGUUUACAUUACCUGAUCGGUGCACCAGUACCAAGUGGCUAGGAUAGUUAAGCCAAAUGUCAUGCCAGUCCAUGGGAGGUCUCCACUGACUGGAUCUCGAAAAAGGUGCAUUGCGUCGGCCCUUGGAAGGUGGCACGUUGUAUUGGGUAUGAUCUUCGAUGGAAUUGCUUUCUGGUAAACUUCUUCAAGGUUGUGGUACCCACCAAUCUUGUUAAAAGCUGAACAAAAAGAGCACAUAUGAAUACAUGCUGGUCUAAAAACAUCUGGCAGAAUGACUGAACUGUAAUAAUCAUACAUAAAUAUGCAAGCUUGUGAUUGAAAGGUGCCUUUGCUACAUAUUUGUGUGUCCAGAUUUGUGUCUUACUUUUUAAUGUGCAAUAAUAGACCUAAGCAGUUCACAUUCUAAUAUGCGGUGCUCAAAUAUACCAGUGUACUUUUAUGGUUGGGAUUGAUGUGCAGAUGUUUCAAGAGGGGCAUGUCUACUAGCCACGUAUGGUAAUACUGGUCAUCUAAGAUGUUUCUUGUGGUUAUGGUUUCCUUUUCAGAAAGGCAAGAUGGCUAAUAUGAAAUAGCUAUGAUGUUAGUACCAAGGUGCAGUACUGUGGAUUGGUAAAUCACUUCUGAGUCAAACUCCCACACCCCACUUCCCUGGGUGCCAUUGUUGCCCUGUGUCUUCCAAGUCUAAAUAUUGGGUGCCAUUGUUGCCCUGUGUCUUCCAAGCCUAAAUAUUAGGCCUCCAAGUCCUACUGAAUCUUUAUGUUCUCGAGACUGUGUUAUAAUAUGCCCAGUCCCCAAUUAAGUUGGAAUGUUUGGAAGAAAGCUAAUAAAAAAAAAAUGAGUACAGCUUAUGUAGUCCAUAUUAUGAGUUUACAUCACACUUGGACAUUUGUCACAACUGAUUUCUUGCUUAGAAACACAGAAAUAUAAGCACAUAUGAUCACUUACCCUCUUAAGUCUCUCCAUGCUUUUGUCUAGUAAGAUAAAAUGCCACUUAACUUUUCCACGUCUUACAAUGACUGCCUUAUGAGUGUUUCAAGAAUUGCCCCACUGUUUAUGAACCCAAGAUCUCCUUAUUAAGGCUUCAUACAUCCUCACUAUGAUUGCUAUCUCACAUUUUCCCAAAAUGGCAUCCCCUCUUGCUGUCCACUUGCUGCUACAUAUUUUUUUUCAGAUAACUAGUACCAUCGCAUACAUUGCUGGUUCUAUUGAUGUCCUUCCAUUGCCCUUACUUCUUGAAGCUUGUACAUGAAUUCUUUAUAAUUUUCAUCUUGCUUAAAGUUUAGAUCCUGUGCCAGUUUUGUUAUCUCCUAAAAUGUCUCCAUCUUUUCUGUGCUAAUUUGGGGUAGCCAGAGUAGCACUGUUUCUCUUGGGUUGUCACCAACUGUCUUCACAGACGAAUUUUCCAUUUCUCCCCUCUGGUGAGAGUUCAAGGUAAUAGCACCACUGAAACUCUUCAGCUUUUCAGCAGUGGCACUUGCAUCCAAGGUUAUUAGUACAUUCUUCAGAACGUGCAGUACAAUAUCAGACCGAGCACUAUCCCAUGAUAACUUUAAAGUUCACCUGAGACUAAAUGAACUGAGAACUAGAGAACACAAGGGUUUUAACUUUUCAUUAUGACCUGAUAAAAUGGUAUAAUGCUUUCCCUUUAAACAGCAUUUUGAAAAAAUAGUACACCAUUGCAUGCGGUUUAAUAAAAUAGUAUUUUUCCAUGUUGCACUGAGCACUGAAAGGUAGGAUGUCAAUACUAUGACAAUAAAAGAAUGUCCAUUCACUGUUGAGUAGAGUUUUGUAAUUCUCGUAUCCUUUGCAGAAUUAAUUGUUCAGUAUCAAGAUGUGCCCCUUCCAGUAUUAGUGAUAAAAACAGUGUAUCUGUAUAUAUUUCAAAUAUGUCUGAUUUCUCCUUCAGUAACGUAACAUAAAACAGCUUUUGUUGUUGUUAAAACAUGAAUUAAAAUCUACAUAAAUAAUGGAAACCUAGGUGGCUCAAGAGAGGCAGAUGUCAGUUUUAAAACCAGCCUCAGUCAGCUAAGUUUCCUUUUUUUGCUUGGUCUCAUCUUGGCAAUAAGAGAAACCAGCGAGUCCAACCUGUUAACUCCCAGACAUGGCAAUCUGCUUAAACGUUACCAGAAUAUAAAUCAGUGGAAGGGGAAAUCUAUCCACAUCUUCCAUGUCUACAGUUCAGCUUUUCAGCAACUCUGCCAUUUGUCCAACUUGUCUGCCUACAAAUUAGCAGAAGGCAUGCACUGAAAGAUAAAUGCAGUGAGCACAAUAGUUGUAUCAGCAUCUCCCAAAUUCGAUGGUCCUCAUGUAAUUUGAAUACCCUGAAACAGAGCAGCUAUCUGCUUGUACAGUCAGUAGAUGACUGAAAUGCUUGCUAAGUAAAAGAAAAUCUGUCUCCUUAUCUCUUGUCAUCAUUGGCAGUUUUUUCAGAUGCAAAUAAGGCUCUUUAUGCAUUCUGUCAGUGGGUCUGAGAAUAAAGAUAUGGUGUACACUAUUUCCUUUUUCCUGCCGUCCUUUCCAGUAAGAUCAUCAUUUUAAUGCAGUCAGAUACAGAGUCUAUAGUCUACCUGUGCUGUGGUAGAUAGAAACCUACAGAAGAGAGGGGUGACCCCAGUCUGAUAACUUUUGUAUAUCUGUGAAAAAUCUCAUUUCAGACAUAUCAUGGUUUAAUCCUUAAAUGGAAGGGAUGCAUAACACUGAACAAACCUACAGGAUUUGUUUAUGCUGUGAUUAUCUAAUUACGUGUCUACACAAAUGAAGCUAACAUCAAAAGAGUAACAUGUUUCAUUUUUAAAUAAGUGGAAAACUCAAUAAGUAGCAGAUUAAACUCUUUAAUAGUCUGCAAGGCAUGUCUUUAGAAAUUAUGUCAGCAUAUGAGCCAUAAGCAUAUGAGACAUAAUGAACAGUGGAAGACAAAUGUAAUUUCAGGCCUGGGUACUUGUUUACAAAUCUAGAUCAAAACAGUACUUUGAUUUUCAGGUUCUAUACAAAACCUUAAGAUAAUCAGUACAUUUUCCUGACACGCCAUCAAAUGUUAUGCCCCAAAAUACCAUGCAAUAGCAGUUGUUGCCACCAUACUCUGCCUAUAUAUAAAAAUGUCACACCUCUACCGUACAGUUUAAACAUGCUAGCUUUGUAAGGCAAAAACUGUUACAGCAAUGAAUCUCAAUAUGUGAUGGAAAUGGAGCUACAGUUAUGCUGAGCAAUGACAGUGUAUACGUGCUGUUCCUUUAGGUCACCAGUAAUUGAGCAAAAAUGAAAAAACAGAUUAGAUUUUGUCCUUUUUCCUCCUUUUUAAGUUGUAUUCCUUGGUAAGAGGUGUGGUUUAUUUUCAUGAAAGUUUUUUGACAUAUACAAUAUUUUCAGAAAUGUCACCCUGGCACGUUUAACCAGCUUCAAUUAAUUGGGCUUACAAAUUUCCAGGGUCAUAUUCACAUAGACAUGGAUUAUUGAAAAGGUAGACCACCACAUGUAUAAUACCAGAUCGUAAAUAUUUUUAUGUGAAGUUUUUCUCUGUAUACCUGACAUGAGAUCUUGCCCAUCUGUUGCAUUUCCUCA